GAACUCUUCCGUGCACGUGUCUCUCAACCCUUCCACGUGAACAGCCACAUGUCCUCGACCCCACACCGGGCCCAUUCUCUCAAAAGAGUCCCUUGUCCUUUAAAUUGAGGACCUGCAUGUUAUAUCCUAGGCGCAAAAGAGAGAGGCGCACAGAGUCAGAAUCUCAGAAUCUCUGGAUGAUUUGUUGUUUGUUGCCUCGGAAAAUUGUAGAGUGAGAGAGAAAAUAUUUACAGAUAUACAUAUAUUCCUCGUUACCUUAUCUGCUAAAAUAUUAUAUAGUAUAUCUAGAUAGAUAUUAUUCACACAGUACAUGUAUGUAUGUGAGUGUACCUGCAGUCUUGUAACGUGAAGAAAUCUUGUUCUGGAAAAGAAAGAAAGAAAGAGGAGCUGAGCGAAUCUGUGCAUGUUGCGUACGAAAUCUUUAAAGCGAAAUCAGCCUUACGUUAUCUCCACGACCACACAUCCCUCCCUCCCUCUGACACAAAGAUUUUGUUCCUUCUCAUGUUUCUCUUAUUUAUUUCGUUAAUUCCUUCCUCUCACGGUCUCACUCACUAUAGUCUAUAUAUAGCUAGACUAUAGCUGGAUACCACCACCGCCACCUACUUCUCUCCGCCGUUGUCCACAGUUCUCAAAUCCUUCAUCCUUCUAGCCGCCGCCUCCUCCUCCUCCUCCAGUAUGUAAUCCUAUACCUAAUUCAUCAUUUUAAACCAAACAAAGAAAAUCAAGAUCAAGAACAAGAACAAGAAUAGUAACGUACUUGAACACAUGGCAACUACCAAGCUUGUUUUAAUUACAUUCGCAAUCUGUCGACUUAUUCUCACGGUUGGUUUAACCGUGGAUCCAACGGAGCUUCUCCGCCUCGUCGUCGACGGACAGCUCAGUGUAGACCCAUCUGACGUGGAUACCGCUUCGAAAGAUUUCGGCCUGAUGAGCAGAGCGGCGCCCUUGGCCGUUUUACACCCUGCCUCCGCCCAAGACGUGGCGGGACUGGUGCGGGCAGCCUACUCUUCGCCGCACGGGUUCACGGUCUCGGCCAGAGGCCACGGGCACUCCAUCAACGGGCAGGCGCAGACCAACAACGGUGUCGUGAUUCAGAUGAGCGGGGGAUCGUUGAGAUCGGGGAGGCCGGCUCAGGCGGCUCGAGUAUCGGAGAAGGGGAUGUAUGUUGAUACGUGGGGUGGGGAGUUGUGGAUAGAUGUGCUCAGGAGCACGCUGGAGUAUGGACUCGCACCGAAGUCGUGGACUGAUUAUUUGUACUUAACAGUCGGAGGAACCCUUUCCAACGCCGGAAUCAGCGGCCAAGCUUUCAAUUAUGGACCUCAGAUUAGUAAUGUUCAUGAGCUCGACGUUGUUACAGGCAAAGGCCAGCUAUUGACAUGUUCCGAAGAGCAAAACUCAGAGCUGUUCCAGGCUGUUCUUGGUGGGCUAGGCCAGUUUGGAAUCAUCACUAGGGCUAGAAUUGCUCUCGAACCAUCCCCCAAAAGGGUGAGGUGGAUCCGAGUACUGUAUUCCAAUUUUUCGGCUUUUACCAAAGACCAGGAAUUCCUCAUCUCUCUGCAUGGGCAACCUUCCAGCCAGAAAUUCGACUAUGUCGAGGGUUUCGUUAUUGUCGACGAAGGCCUCAUCAACAAUUGGAGGUCAUCUUUCUUCUCCGCUAGCAACCCUGUUAAAAUCACCUCCAUUGAUUCUGAAGGUGGUGUUUUAUAUUGCUUGGAGAUUACGAAAAAUUACGACGAAUCGACUGCCGAUACAAUUGACAAGGAAAUAGAGGAUUUGUUGGAAAAACUGGAUUUUGUACCGACGUCAGUCUUCACAACUGAUCUUCCAUACGUGGAUUUUCUGGACCGCGUUCACAAGGCCGAGUUGAAGCUCCGAGCCAAGGGUUUGUGGGACGUCCCCCAUCCAUGGCUUAACCUUUUUGUCCCCAAAUCAAGGAUUUCUGACUUCAACGAAGGAGUGUUCAAGGGCAUUUUGGGAAAUAAGACAAGCGGACCCAUUCUGAUUUACCCCAUGAACAAAGACAAGUGGGACCAGAGUAGCUCGGUGGUGACGCCCGACGAGGACAUUUUUUACCUUGUGGCGCUGCUAAGAACUGCCUUGGAUACCGGGGACGAGACCCACACCUUGGAGCACCUGACCAAUCAGAACCGUCAGAUCCUCAGAUUCUGUGUUGAUGCGGGGAUCGAGGUGAAACAGUACCUCCCGCACUAUACUACGCAGGAGGAGUGGAUGGACCACUUUGGAGAUAAGUGGGCCCGGUUUUACAAGAGGAAGAUGGAGUUCGACCCUCGGCGCAUUUUAGCCACCGGCCAACGUAUUUUCAGCCCUUCAUCGGUUUCUUCUAGUCUUGGUGUUGGUGGUGAUAAAUUGUCGAUUUCUUAGAUGACCAAAACGUGCAGUUUUUAGGGUUAGUCUUGUACAUAUACUGUUAGAUGAACUCUUUUUUAUUAUCAAAUGAGUACUGGUUAUUAUAAAGAAAACGAGGUUUUGUUUAGGGGUUUUUCAGUCUGAAUGCUCAGAUCACGUGACUGUUCAGGCUCCAGCCGAGGCCCAAGACUCAUUGUGUGGAACUAGGAUAGUGUUGAUGGGGCCGGAAUACAGUAGUGGAACGAGAUACAAUGUUUUUGUGCCUUUGGUUGUAGAGGUGAGGUGGCAUGACCACCCGUAUUCAAGAAUUUCUCCUUUUUUA